AUGUUCAGCGCCAUCUCUGCGGCAAUAGCCAAAGCAGCGGCAACUAAGCCGAUUCAUUUUAUCGUGAUUCCAGCAUUGCUUGCGUCGAUUGCUUAUUUGUCAAUUGUGGAUGAUUAUAUUCCAACAUCCGAUGGAAUCGAGUAUUAUUUUAGUGAUAGUAAAAAGAGUAGCUUGAUCGGAUACAGCUCCAGCUCUAGCUCCCGCUCUAGCUCCAACAGUCAUGGGUGGACCCCAUUUGAAGGGGAUAUCAAUGACUAUAAACAAAUCACAUUGGUACCUGUAAGAUUUAGAAGCUUCCAUUCGGUUUCCCCAGCUCCCAAUUCCGUGUAUGUGCACGGAAAUGAGCAAGUGCUCAAAGUUGAAGGAGAUAUGGAAACAAUCACUAUUGAUGGAGAAACUUGGAAAAUGACCAGUGGACACAUGAAAUACUAUGAUUAUGCGAGAAGAGGCUACUACAAGAUUCUUAGCUCAAUAAAACAAGCUGACAAUUUCGAUAUCAUUCUCAUUACUGUUGCUUAUAUUGCAAUGUGGUAUACAUUGAUUAAAGUGUUUAUUGAUAUGAAACAGUUUGGUUCUAGAUUCUGGCUCGCAUUUUCGACCUUGGUUUCUUCAACUUUUGCAUUUCUUUUUGCAUUAUUAUUAUCCAACAAAUUGGAUUUAAAAGUGUCAUUAUUGAGCCUUACUGAAGGCAUUCCAUUCCUUGUUUCUAUAAUUGGCUUUAAACAUAAAGUAUCUAUUGCCAGCGUUGUGGCCAAGGCAUCAACUGCAUCUCCUGAAGAUGUGCCAAAUAUCGUUUCACAAGCAAUCUCGUCGCAUACAUUAUCCAUGUUCCGUGACCAUGUUGUUGUUGUUGGUGCUUUAGGUGCAUGUGCUGUUUACGCCAGCCACAUUAUCCCCUUGAGAAACUUUUGUCUUCUUAGUGCAUUCAUCUUGUCGAUUGAUUUGCUUCUCGUUCAUACAUUCUUUGCUGCCAUUCUUGCUUUGAAAAUUGAAAUUAAUCGUGCGAGAAGGACUGAGGAUAUGCAAGAGGUUUUGGAAGAAGAUGGUGUCUCGUCUCUUGUUGCUGCAACUGUUGCUGAACAAUCAUCAACUAUUGAAUAUCCAAACGAAAAGAAUUUCUUCCACACACACUCCAUUCUCUCAUUUAAAGUGAUUAUGACUAUUGGAUUUGUUUCAUUCCAUUUGUUCUGGUUGGGUGGCUCGUGGAUGGAAAGUCGUGGUGCGGCAACUGCGACUGAUGAUUUACUUCAACAUAUCCCAACAUAUCCAGGAACAGUUCUUGUACUUCUUCCACCAAAGUUUUAUGUGCAUGGUUUUGCGUCACAAAUUGAAGAUUAUAUUUAUCUUGUGUUUAAAACCAUUAGUGAUGCAAUCAAGGAUAGUUUAAUCUCCAAAUUCCUUCUUUUUGGUUUUGGUGUUUCCAUUGUUUCCAACAUUUACUUUCUCAAUGCCUCGCGUUACCAAGUCACUGCUACGAAUAAGCUCAUUGAGUUUUCCAAACCAAAAGAGCCAGUCUUGGCCCAUACGGCUGAGGAACGUACUAGUUUGCUUAAGGAAGGCAAGGUAGCCUCACUCAGUAAUGAUGAAGUUACCGCUUUGGUUACCAGUGGAAAACUUCCUCUUUAUGCGCUUGAAAAACAACUCGGUGACAACACUAGGGCAGUAGCAGUGCGUCGUCAAGCGAUUGAAACAUUAUCGAAAACCAAACUUGAUCGUUUACCUUUUGCCAACUAUGACUACGACAGAGUGUUUGGUGCUUGUUGUGAAAACGUUAUUGGAUAUAUGCCACUUCCUGUUGGUGUUGCGGGACCACUUGUUAUUGAUGGUAAAGAAUACUUUCUUCCAAUGGCAACCACCGAAGGAUGUCUUGUUGCCAGUACGAUGAGAGGUUGUAAAGCAAUUAAUUUGGGUGGCGGUGUUCAAACUGUUUUGACUAAAGAUGGUAUGACUCGUGGUCCAUGUGUUAGAUUCCCAACGUUAAAGAUUGCCGGUGAAGCAAAAGUUUGGAUGGAUAGCGAAGAAGGCCAAGCCUCAAUGAAGGAGGCUUUCAACUCCACAUCGAGAUUUGCUAGAUUACAACAUAUACAAACGGCAUUGGCCGGAACCUUACUUUACGUGAGGUUUAGAACUACAACCGGUGAUGCUAUGGGUAUGAACAUGAUUAGUAAAGGUGUUGAACAUACGCUUAAACAGCUUAAAGAAGAAAGAUUCCCAGACAUGGAAGUCGUGAGUGUUAGUGGUAACUACUGUACUGAUAAAAAGAGUGCAGCAAUCAACUGGAUCAAUGGACGUGGAAAAUCAGUUGUAGCCGAAGCUAGAAUCCCGGAACAAGUCAUUAGUCAAGUUUUGAAAUGUGACGUUGAUUCCUUGGUUGAAGUUAAUGUCUCCAAGAACUUGAUUGGAUCAGCUCUCGCCGGCUCUAUAGGUGGAUUUAAUGCUCAUGCUGCCAAUUUGGUUGCAGCUCUUUUCUUGGCACUUGGACAGGAUCCUGCACAAGUUGUUGAGGGAUCCAAUUGUCUCACUUUAAUCGAUCGAGUAGGUACUGAACUAGUCAUUUCGGUGUCAAUGCCAUGUAUCGAAGUCGGAACUAUUGGAGGUGGUACUAUUCUUGACCCUCAAGGAUCAAUGUUAGAUCUCUUGGGUCUUCGUGGUCCACAUCCAACGAAUCCAGGACAAAACGCACAACAGCUUGCUAAAGUUGUUGCAUCGGCUGUCUUGGCUGCUGAGUUGAGUUUGAUUUCAGCCCUUGCUGCUGGGCAUUUGGUGCAGCUGCACAUGCAGCACAAUAGGAAACCAGCAGCCGGUUCUUGCAUUAAAAGUUAG